AUGACUCUUGCUGCUGGGAAAGCUGUAACACGUGUAAUGCACAGAUGUGAGGCAGCCAAAGCGUCUGGCUAUCUUGAUCUCUCAGAUUGUGGUGUUAUGUAUAUUGCCGAUGCUAUAUAUCUUGUACUGAAAGGGUAUGAAAUCAAUAAAUGCAAUCUGAGGAACAACUCUCUCACCAAAUUUCCCAAGAAAAUGAUUGAACGAUUCAGCAAUAUGAUUAUGUUCAACGUGGAGGGUAAUGCAAUCGAGGAGUUCCCUGUUGAGGUUGGUGAAUGGACCGAAAUGCAGGGAAUGAAUUUGUCAAAUAAUAAAUUAACAACAUUUCCUGUUGGUAUUUUCAAUAUGAAACAACUUACAUAUCUCGACCUUAGCGGCAAUAACAUUACCGAAAUAGACGUUGACCGCCUAUACACGUCAUUGCCUAAUUUAACACAGCUAAUGCUGCUUGGCAAUCCUGUAGCAGAAACGAUGAAAACUGAGUUGGAAAAUCACAAAAAGAAACCGAAAACAUUGAAAUUGUUACUUGUUUAG